CUGCUAGCUGACGUGACAGUCCCAACCAGCCACGAAUAUAAAUAAACUCGAUUGUUAGGAAGUUCUCCUAUUGUUUUAUUAUGAAAUGGCAGCGAUGGGCGAUAAAAAUUCCAACUCUUCCCUCGUGAAACGAGUGAAUAAACUCCUGGAGUCUCGACCGGAAAAUGACAAGGACACACUGGAGGCCUUGAAGGAGCUCUCCACCUUCUUCCCCGAGAACACAUUGAACAACCGUCGCAAUCUCCGCAGUAAAAUAGAGAAACGGAGUCUGGCAAUAAACGAAGAAUUCCUCUCAGCCUUCAGGGAAGUGAAAUCCACCCUGGACGACAUUCACCGCGAUGUCCUUGGGAUGAACAACUCGAUCCAAUCGAUGACGAGUCGUCUGCAAGCCACGAAGACGCAGACGCUGAGCCUCAUAGAUCGAACCACGAAGCUCCAGAACGAGAGUAAGAAGCUGUCGAUGCAGCACGAAGUGGCGACGGCCUUCAUAAGGACGUUCGAGCUCUCGAGGCACGAGAUUUCGAUCCUCCAUGGGCAGACGAGAGAAGAGCCCAUUACCGAGGAGUUCUUCACUGUGAUCAAUCGUCUCCAGACGAUCCACAGCAGCUGCAGGAUCCUCAUGCAGUCUGGGUAUCAGACCCUUGGGUUAGACGUCAUGCAGAGGAUGACGUUGCUGCAGGAAGCUGCGUUGGAGAGAUUGUACAGAUGGACGCAAAACCAGUGCAGGCAUAUUGAGCACGAUCAUUUCGCUCCUCUGUUGAUAAAGGGGAUGUGCAAGCUGCAGGACAGACCUGUGUUGUUUAAAUAUAUUAUCGAUGAGUAUUGCACUGCCAGGAGGGCUGUUAUUGUUGGGGCUUUCAUUGAUGCAUUGACACUGGGGAGCAAGACCGGGGGGACGCCUAAUCCUAUUGAGAUGAGGGCUGAUGAUCCUACGAGAUACGUGGGGGAUAUGCUGGCCUGGCUGCACCAGGCAAUUCCAGUUGAAAAGGAGAAUAUUUUGACACUCUUGAAGGCAUGUGACAAAACAGAUGUCUCAGACCAGGUGAAACACGCCCUGGGAAACAUCACAGAGGGCCUCUGCCACCCCCUGAAAUCCAGAAUAGAACAUCUACUCGACGUAGAGGCACCUGCCACUGUACUAUACUCAGUGAUGUCACUCAUUCGAUAUUACCUCGCCAUUCUAUCUGAUAUCAUACCCGAAAGUGUCUUGGUGAACACGUUGAGUGAACUUCUGGAGCUCAGUGAGAAGAGUUUCAAUGCCAGGCUGCAGAAGGAGACUCGCACAGCACUGGGAGAUCGUGCUGAACCGCCUGGGCAGGAUCUCGUCCCUGCUGCAUCUGUUUCUAGGCUUCUGGGGCUUUUGAGCGAUGUUUUGUCAGUUGCGUUGAUUGUCACUGGAGACGACAGGGAGAAGGACAUUCAGAGGAUUGUCUCUUGUAUAAUUGAUCCACUACUCCAAGAAGUCGAUGAGACUGCAACAAGGCUUCCAGCAGUGGACAUGGCGGUCUACCUAUUGAAUUGCCUCCAUCAAAUCCAUUCAACCUUAUCCCUCUACGAAUACAUGGAUCAGAGGCUGGAGAGGCUCCAGGCCCAAUCGGAUGCUCAAAUAGACACCCUCACGUCUGAAUUAGCGAGUUCUCUUGUGGCUAAUCUCAAUCUGGGGCCGAUCUACACUAUUCUCCAGGGCAGGGAGCACGGCCCCCUCUCCGCAAUCCCCGGGAUGGAUCCAGUUAGUGUGAAGGAGUUCACUAAUAAAUUGGAGUCUUUUCUUCUGAUGUCUGAUGCCUUCCUCCUUCCGCAGAUAAGUCUCCUUCAGAAUAGCAAUCAUCGUUCGACAGCGUUGAAGAGAUCAUUUCAAGUUAUUGGGGCGAUUUAUAAACAACUUUAUGAUGCCUGUCAUGAUUCGAAGAAUCAGUAUCAAAAUCCUGCUGGGUUGUUCGUGAGAACACCUGAGGAUCUGCUCGACAAACUUGUAUCCCAAUAAAGUAUUCGAUCAACAUUUUUUAUA